AUGAGCAGCUCUGAUAGCGACUAUGACUCCCCAAUUCCCCGUCGGAGGCUCGAGCAACAAGCCAUAGCUGAAGCCCCACGAGAUCUACAGAGCGUACAAGAAGAAGCCGAGUUAUGGAGGUGGGCCUUGGAGCUGAUGCAAAGCAAGGACGAAGUCGAAGCUCGGCUAAGUCAGGAGAACCAAGAGCUUACCGACAGCAAAGCUGGGAUCGAAGCUGAUCUGGAUGCAAAAGCCCGUGAGCUCACUGAAUACAAGCACGAGGCCAAAACGAAGCUACGCAAGGAGGUCGACCAGCUAAACGAAUCCAAACGCAAAUCCGAGGCCGGCCUCACAGACGAGAUCGAGAAGCUCAAAACCGCCAAAGAGGAAGCUAAAUCGACGUUCAACCGGGAGAUCCUUCAACUGAAGCAAGACAACAACAGCCGUGAGGAGGAGCUUCGUGGAGAGCUUACCGCCGCCGGCUCCGAUGCCAAAACCGCCCUGCAAGCCGCAGCUGAUAAGCUUGCAUCGCAGCACAACAAAGCUAUCGAGACUCUCAAAACGGAACAUACGGCCGCUUUGGAGGCUUCGAGUAAGAAGGUCAAGGAGCUUCGAGAUCAAGUCCUGCAGCUCACCAAUUCGGCCAACGACACGCGAACCGAGCUCGAGGCUAAAAUCGACGUGGACGUGAAGACACAUGUAGCUAUCGUGGAACAGCUUCGUACGGACCACCGUACUGCAAUACAGGUCCUGAGGGAACAAAACAAGGACGCUAAAGCCAGAUCCAACCAAGAACACGCGGAUGAGCUAGAACGAGCCACCUCACAGCUCAGAGACACCCGCGAUGGAGCUGCCGCUCUGCAACGAGAAGAGAGAGUCUCUCACAAGCUUCGCCAGGACCUCACACAAUCCAAGGAGGACCAUGCCGCUGAGAUAGCUGGGCUGAAGGAAGAUCACGAAACAGCUAUCAGCGAGUCAUCCGACGCUCUUCGCAAGCUUCAAGAGACCACGCAAAAGCUGAAAAUCAACCACGCUUCAAAGCUUGAAGAAGCGACAUCAGCUCGUACCAAGCUUGAAGAGGAACACACUGAAGAGCUAGCGCAAGGGAGAGAAGCUUAUCGUAAGCUGCAAGAGGAUUGCGACAAGAAGAUUAAGGAUGGCAAUGCGUUCUAUCGUGAGCUUCAGACCACUAUGAAUGAGCUAAGAGCUGAGAACGCGAAAUAUCUCGAGGAAGCUAGGGCGAGUUGCCUCGCGACUGAGAAGACGCACGCAGACGUGCUUAAGAAAGAAAGAGAAGCUUAUCGUGAAGUUAAAGGAAUCUUGGACGACCUCAGAAGUUCAAGUCAAGCGACGCCUGAAGAGCAUCGCAAGUUCGAAGAGGAACACAACCGGGAAAAGCAACAGCUUCAGUGUCAGAUAGAAGCUCUUAAGGAUGAACAUAAAGCUCGCGAGGGAAAGCGUACUGCCACAUUGAAGGAAGCCAACGGAAUCAUAAGGAAGCAACUCGCAAUCCUGCAGCUAUUCAUCGACAAUCGCGACCGCAAGCAUCUGUAG